ACCCCAGUCCACCGAAGCAGAACGUGCAAACUUAACCACUGUUCCACUGGGCUGGCCCCUAAACUGCGCUAGACUUUGAAGGAAAGUGAGCAGUAAUUAGAUCUGGCUCUGCCCCACCCUAAUUCUGACAUCAGGAAGUGUCACAUGUGGCUGCUCCUUGGAAUCACUAGAGACUGUGAAAAGGAAAUUCACCAGGAGACCAUUCCAAAGUCUAACUUUGGUUUUUUGGCGUAUCAGUAGAUUGUUGAAGAGGAACUUUGCCAACAGGCCUCUCUGGCAAAAAGGAAUAUGAGGUGUUCUAUUUUAAGAAAAAAUAGGCCCAUAAAAGACAAGCUAUCAUAUGUCCUACAUAGUGACAAUGGAACAUACUAAAAAAUUAUUUGGUAUUUAUCUGAAAUUAAACUGGGACAUCCAGUUUGGGUGUUUUUCUUUUAAAUGUGGCAACCCUACAUUUGUAUACUCCUGAUCACAAAGAAGCAUAAUAUAUGCUGUUCCUGGUGGUAAUAGAAAAUAGUUAGGUCCAAUUCAAAUUUGUUCUCCAUUUUUAAAUUACAAGGUGGUGAUGCUCCAACUGUGCUAGGGGAUUGUUUACAGAAUUGUGAAAUAAAUAGGGGGUUAUUGUAAAUUUUUAAUUAUAAACUACUUAUAGCGCCAUACAUGUCUUACCAAGGAACUUUCAUGAUUGCUAAAGUAAGUUGAUGUGAGCUCAGUUAAACACCCACUAUGACACGUACCUCACUUGACUUAGGCUCAGGACAAUCACUGCUGCACUUGAUAAGACUCUGAGCAGCCCUGGAAAUUUUUUUCUGGCAGAGCGUUGCAUGUGGUUAUGAGAUGGUCAUACCACCUUUGUGUGUUUUGGGGCAUCUGAAAUUGAGGACUUCAGAAUGAGACAAUCUAUUUCACAUACUGCAUAAUAAUGUUGAAGCAAUUUUAUUUCUUUAAAAAAGCCCUACAGGGUGGAUUAGGAGAUAGUAUGUUUUUGACAUUAUGGGACCUUCUAGAAUCCUGGAUUUCUCAAAAUGUUUGGAUAGCAAUCUUCUUUAUAAUUUCCUUAGGAAUUAUUUUUGAGAUGGUACUCAUAAAGAUUUGUACAUCCUUUCAGAAGAAGCCUGCACUUCCAGAAAAGAGUAAUUCAGAUGCCCAGGAGAAGGAACACAGUUGCCUGAAAAGCAUGAAAUUUGACAAUUGGUCAAUUCAUUCAUCUUCAGAGGAAAGAACUGAUGACUUUUCAGAAGGAACAAGCACUUCAUUACUUACAUCUGAAGAAAAUGAAGGUUACUUCAAAGACAGAGUUUUAUCAGCAGAUGAAAUAACAUGGGCAGGUAGCAGUGAAGGUAAAUAUCAAGUAAGUCACUUUAGUGAAAGUCAUAUGCUGUCUUCAAAUGAGACUAACCCAUCUUUGUCACUGCUUCAUUCAGAAGCAAAGGAAAUUUCUCUAAGCCAUAGAGGGUAUCCAGAAAAUGAACAUGAAGCAAUACAAUCUUCAUCAAAGAAAUUAUUUUCAAUGAUGAAAACCAACAAAACUAAAAAUUUAAUGUUUUCUUCUGACUUUAACUUUUCAAGAACUUCUAGAAUCACUAUGGAAAGUGAAGAUCUAGAUGUGGCAUCAUGCCCGUCUGCCCAUUUAUUUCUUUCUAGAGACCAAGUCAGACUUCUGGAAGAAAAUGUGAGAAAUCAAAUUCCUUUAAAAUCCAAAGCUGUCUUAGAGAGUGAAACUACUUAUCUGUACUCAAGAUCUCAAGAGUCCUUGAUCCAGAAUCAACGUUCUUUUAGAAUGGACAUUUCUGCCCAAACACAAGUUUCUUUUCCAGGACAAAAUGCUAUUCAGAAUCAAGGUUUUUAUGAAGCUCAAUUUACUAGCCAAGCCCAACGAUUUGUUAACAACCAAGAAUCAGUCAACUGCCAGUCUGAUAUCAAGGCCAGGUACUUUUCUAUGCCUCAAGAUUUGACAAAGAAACCAUUUUCCAGCAACACACAAUAUUCCUUCCAGACCCAAGACAUGGAUGGGAGUCAACAUUUAGUCAAAGUCCCACAUUCUGUUCAGAGUCAAGAUUCAAGCAGGGGCCUAGAGUCUGAUAAAAAACAGUUAGAUGAGGCACAAUAUUCUGUUUGGUUUGAAGAUUCAAACAAGAUUAAAUAUUCAAUCCUGGGACAAAGUACUAUUUUUAAGAAUGCCAGAUCUCUAGUUUUAACUGUAAGUCCAAAAUCAGUUGCAGAAGAGAUGCCACAGCUAAAAAGUGUAAAGCUAAAGGGCCAGAAACAAAUUCCUUCAUCAAAAUUAAACCAGUAUUCUGUAUAUGGCUCAGUGCCUCUUUCACCUACCACCAAAAGGCAGAAAAACAGAAUAAAAACAUUACACAGUAAAAGUAAAUUUAGUCUCAAAGUUUCAUCUCAAAAGUCAAAGAAAACACCAACUUCACAGGUAUUUCAAAUUACAGUAUGCCACGCUUCAAAAGAAAGCAAGCUAAGAGGCAAGUAUAACACUAAGAAGAAAGAACUAGAUCAAAGGAAAGGUGUAUCAGAUAGAGCAUUGCAUCUUAUUUAUGUUUCCAAGCUUGUUCCUCCUUAUAUGAAGAAGUAUUGCAGGAAAAAACUAAUGAAAGUCAUGCCAGGUUUAACAGGAUGUAGACAUUUUCUGCUGAAGCAAAACAUCUCACUAGAUGCAGAGAAAGGCAGUUGUGCAGAGUCCGUUGGGAAAAGCGGAACCUCAGGCAAGACUAAAAAUGUAAAGCAGCAUGGUGGGGACAAUAAAGGACUAAAAAACAUGUCACUGAAAAUUCCACCUCAGCUGAAACAGCCUUUCAUGGUCAAUAAUUGUCAACUAAAAGCACCUUUUCUUUUAAUAGAGGCAAACUGGAAGAAUAAAAAGUCUUUUAAAGACCCAAUUACACAAGCAAAUGAAGUUGGUAUUGCAGAGUUUCAUGCCCCAAAUAGGAAAAAAACUUCUGACCUGCCUUUUCCAAAGCAUGAGAUGCCUUUAGAAGAAGAUAUAUCAGAACCUUUGCAGAAAUUUGUUUUCUCUCCCAAACUGGAAUCAAACAGAAGAAUGAAAACACAGGAGGACCUGAAAAGUACAGAGAAUUCUCAUCUUCCACUUUCAAAUGGAGAGAAGUUACCAACUAGUUCACCAGAGAUGCAGAGGUGCCUUCCACAGGGAAAUACACAAGAACACGAAGAUUUUCUGGAAAUCGUUCUGGAGUCUUCAGAUGUCAAUUUGCUCAUUUCACUAGGAACCAAAAAGCGUAAAAGCAGUGAACAAUUAGCAAGUGUAAAAACUCAAGAGAGUACAGAAGAUGUAAUUCUGAAGGCAAAGAAACCGUCAAUCCUUGAUGUUACAGAAUAUGAUAAUCUAAGUGAAAGUGAGGAACUGGAAUGCAACUCUAGAAGCAACAUAAAAAAUAUGCAAGAUAAAAGAAUAGCUGAUGCAUUUCACAAUGCCACCAACACUACCAUUUCUCAACCACCUGAUAUGGAAAUGCUUAGCAGAUUAAAAGCCAAGACAGAUACAUCAAGAAUAGAGCUUAGUCAUUCAGUGGUAAAGCAAGAGAAAUUACCAGAAGAAAAGAAAAUAUGGAAUGUAAAAUAUAUUGAGAAGAAAUGUGUAUUUAAAAAACCACAAGAACAUGACAGAGAGGAAGAGGAACAAGCUUUACAAGAAGAAGUUCCACAGCUGCCACAAGAUUUCAGAUUCAGCCUACAACUAAAGCAGAAGUCCAAAUAUGUCAAAUUUGAAAUAGAACAGAGCAGUUCAGGAAGUAGAAAAACUCAAAAUAGAGAGCAAGAGGUAAAACCACAAACUCUUUCUACAGAAACGAUUUUGGGUACUAAUCCACGCCCCACGAUGGAUCCAUUUGAAGUUGAGAAUGUGAAGCAAAGCACUAAUAGACCUACAGACAGAGAAACUGCAGAACCAAAGAAUCUUGCUACAGUGCCAGAGAACUUACCAGUUGGUGAAGUUUUAAUUGAAACAACAGAAUGUGGUGUCCCAUUUGGUAGAAGCUCCAGGAAGACGCUGGAUGAUCGUAUUGCAGAAGAAAAGGAAGACUUAAAAAAAGUUUUACCUGCAGUUUCCCUGGGCUCUUUCAUUAUCCACGUGCUUCCUUUAUCAUGUUUUAAAAGGCAGAAAAUCAGAAAAAAAUUAUCAGGAACAAAAAGUAUACUCAGUCCCAAAUGUGUAAUUAUGAAAGCAAAGAAGCCAGCAAUUUUACUGAUGCCUGAUAUCAGUAGACAUGGUAGUCUAAAUCAUAGACAAAGAUUGAGAGGCAAUUUUAAAAUCAUAAGGAAAAAGAUGCUUCGAGAUAACAUUGAGGAAGAUGUGCUUCUGAAUGUUAUUUACCCUCAUGUGUAUAUUUUGCCUCAUAUUAGAACUCACAGCAGAUUAAAUGCAGAAAAUCACAGUUAUACCAAGCUAAAACAAGAGAAAUCACAAGUUGAAAGGGAAGAAAAGUGUUCAGAUUCCAUAAAUAAAGGAAGUGACUCUGGAAACACACUAGAAGGAGCUAAAUUGCAAGCUGAAGUGAGAGGAGACAAAGACGCUCCACAGGAAGCAGUCCUUCCUGAGAGCUGGAACCUCAGGUUGGAUGCAUAUCCAGAGAAGAAGCUUAAAACAGAGAAAGAAAUGCAUCGACCACCCACAUCUGCGGAAACCAUUUUGGAGUCUAUGUACUCCCCCAUAAUUGAUCCACCUCAUAUUGAGAACAUGAAAAGCCUAACAACACAACCAGAGUUAAAAUGCACUGCAGAUUCUGAGAUGCCUCUUCCAACAUUAGAAAAAUCACUGAUUGGAGAUCCUUUAAACCAAACGAGAGAAAGUGAUGUUCCAGGUUAUAGAAGUAAUACAAGGGAAAUGGGUUACUGUUUUGCAGAAGCAAAGGUAGAAUUACCAGAAGAUUUACCAUCAACUUUCCCAGAGACUUUUAAUUGCCAUAUGCCUGUUUUAACUCAUUCUAAAGUGAAGAAAAAUGGAGUAAGAUUCUCACACACAGAAUGUACAGUGAGGCCCAAGUCUGUACAUAUGAAGGCAGUGAAGCCAUCAAUUUCACAAACAUUUAAUAUCACAGGUCAUAGAAAGAAGUUGGACUCCAACUUUAAGGCCAAGUUUGAAAAGAUCAACCAAGCUAAUGGAUUGCUGUUUGAAUUUCUAAAUACCCUUUACUCUCCCAUGCAUAACAGAUUACAAGGAGAGACAGACAGCUUCUGUCAUACUAUGUUAAAGCAAGGGGAACUAGCAGAUGAAGGGAGACCACAGUAUGUUGAUUUCUUUGGUAAGAAUGGUGCAUUCCAUGACAGAGAAGAAAAAGUGCAAGAUGAAGAGGAAAUGGAGCAAAAAACUUUGCUAGAAGCAGCUUCACACCAUACCCAAUAUCUCUGGCCUGAUGUAUGUCAAGGGAAGGAGACCUACCUUGAUGAACCAGACCUGGCACUGGACUGUUUAACACAGGAACUGCCUGUUAAUGAGCAAGAUGUGCAGCACCAAACAUACUUUACACAAACUACUUUGCAGACUGGCCUCCAGAUGCUUCCUAGAGAAGCUGAGCAGCUCCAGAAAACCAACAGAACAGAAAAUGACAUAACAGCCCCUAUGGGUCCAAAGAUUCUACUUCCAGAAGCAGGGAACUCAUCAGUUGAUAAACUUUUGAACACUACAGAGCGUGGCUUACCAUCUGGUAGAAACCAUGAAAGGGAACGAAAUUCUUUUGUGGAAGAAAAUUCAGAGUUACCAAAAGAUUUGCAAGUGACAUUCCUGCAGUCUUCUGAUUCUGUUGAGCUCUUUGUUUCUAAAUCUAAAAGAAAGAAAAAAUCAUUGAAAUUAGCAAGGAAACGAAUAACAGUGAGUCGCAGACACAGAACUAUGAGGGAAGAAAAGCCAUCAAUUUCACAUAUGCUUAAUGGCAGACAGAGCAAGGAACUGCAAUGCAACUUUAAAGCGAAGAUGAAAAAUCCACAGCAAAAUAAAAAUGUAACAGAUGCACUCUUGGAUAUUAUUCACUUCAACAUGCUUAUUUUGCCCAACAUCAAAAUGAAUAGCAGAUUAAAUGUGGAGACAGAUAGGCAAAAGAUAAUAAGUCUUGGUCAAAUGCAAUUAAUGCAAGAGAAAUCACCAAAUGGAAGGAAAUUGUGUAGCCCAGGUUCUAUUGAUAUGAGUGGUUUAUCUAAUGGUGUGAAAGAUGGGAAGGAGGUAGAAGGGGAACAUGAAGAUUUACCAGUUCCAGAGAAUAGCCAAGGCUUCGUAUUCAAUGCAUAUCAGAAGAAGAAUUAUGAACUUGUCAAAUCAGAUGAGGAACUGAAACAACCAGGAAGUAAAAAUAUUCAGGUACAACCACAAAUACAUUUUACACAAACUAUUUUGGGUUCUGCCUCAUGCCCUAUAUUGGAUCAGUUUCAAUUUGGAAAGCUAGAGAGCUAUGCUAGGUAUUCUCGUCCAAAGUCAAAGGAAGGCAAGACUGAUAAAAUCAUAUUUUCUGCAAGAGAAUGUGGUGUCCCAUCUGGUGCAAACCAUCAAAAAGAACAAGCUGGUGGUAUUGAAAAGAAAGAGACUGUGACUUCUGAUUUCUGCUUGCCUACUUUAUCUACAUCUAAAAGCAAGAGAAACUUCAAACGAUAUUCAGACAUGAAAACUUUAGUGAAUCUCAAAUGUGGAAUUUCAAAAGCAAAGAAACCAUCGAUCUCAUGCAUACUCAAUAUCAAAGGUGGUGCUAACCCAAACCAUAGGAAAGAAUUGGGAUGUAACUUGACAACCAAAAUGAACAAGGUGGAUCAAGGUAAAAAAAUGGCAGAUAACAUGUACUCCUUCAUGACUUUUACACCUGACAUUAAUAUGUAUAGCAAGGCAGAAAGAGAAAAAGACAUCUUGGAAGAAAAAAGACUUAGUUCCAAGCAAGUAAAGCAAGCAGUAUCACCACAAGGAGGGAAUAUUACUUUAGAUGACACCAAAGAAACCAACAAUCAAGAUAAAGAGGAAGAAGAAAGUGAACAAGAGAUGUUAUUAAAAGUAAUUCUGCAGCACAGUCAACAUUUCGUAUUCUUUUCAGGCCAGAGGGAGAAGCUUGACCUCCAGAAGUCAGAAAACCAAGGAAGCGGGAAAAUUCUGUUUGUUAUUGAACAAGACGUCCCACAACAAAUGCAGCCUACAGAUCCAAUGCAGGUUAAAACGGCAAAGAAAAGCCUCCAAACACAAAAUGGCACAACGAGUUCAGUGAAUUCACAACUUCCUCUUCUAGAGUCAAAGACAUCACUGAUUGGUCAAGCCUUAAUUGAUACAAUGAGACAUGGUGUCCCAAGCAAUGGGAGCCACACAGGGGAAUGGUACAGUUGCAGUAAAGAGGAAAAGGCAGAGUAUAAAAAUGAUCCACAAGCAAAUGCACUGGAGUCUUUGCAUGUCUCCACACCUGAUCUACCUGAAUCUAAAAGGCAGAGAAAGACAUUUACAUGUAGAACCAUAAAAAGUAAAAUGAGUCCCAAAUGUGUAAUUAUGAAGGCACGGAAGGCACCAAUUUCACAGAUAUUUAAUAUCUCAGGGAAUGGCUGUCUAAAAAACCUACCUCCAAAGACCCUGAAAUCACAGAUUAUUGACUUUUUAAUUUACAUAAAAUUCUCUGGGGUACUGGACGAUCUUACUGUAGAAAGAAAGGAAGGAUUAGCACAAAAAUUACCAGCAAUGAUUCUGGAGUCUUUGGAUUUAUCCACACUUGCUUUACCUGUGUCAAAAAGAAGGAGAGACAAUUUGAAACUUAUGCACAAGAGAAAUAAAAUGAAUCUCAAAUGUGUAGCUUUGAAAGCAAAGAAGGCACUGAUUUCCCAGACAUUUAAUAUCAUGAAAUGUGGUACCUCAAGCCAUAGAAGGCAAUCUGAAUGCAACUGCAAAACUGUGAUGAAACAAGGUAAACCUGUGUCCGAUAUAAUCCUAAAGGCCAUUUCCUCUCCCAUGCCUGUUUCACUUGACAUGGAAAUACAUAAUAGAACACAAGCAGAGACAAACAUGCUGUGGAAAACAAGACUGAGUCAUGAACAGCAACAGCAAGAGCAAUCAUCAGGUGGAGAGAGAGCCUGGUGUGCCUGUUCCAGGGAUAAGAGGGGCAGUGCUUCAAAUGGCAUAAAGAAAGUCAAAGCCCCAGGUAGAGAAGCAGCCCUACAGAAUUCUCGACACUUCAGUCUCAAUGCUCAUAAAAGGAAGAUGUCUCGCUUUGUGAAAUCAGAUCUAGAACUGAAGAAUUCAGUCAGGAAAAACAUCCCAGAAUCACUUACCAUAACUCAGGAGCUGCAGCAACAAAUCCUUUUUAUACAGAGUGUAUUACAUUCUGUUUCUUGCUGUCUUUUGAAUUCAUUUCCAUUUGAGAAGUUACCAAAAAGAACAAAAACACAAAAAGGCUUAAAACAUACAAGGCGUCCAGUGAUUUUAUCUCCACUCCCAGGGAAAUCAGUUAGUGAAUCUUUAAUUGUUACAGCACGGAGUGACAUCCCAUCUGAAAAAGGCUCUAGAAAAGAACUUGCUGGUUCUAUUCUAAAGGGAAAGAUGAAGUUACAAAAGGCUUUACAAUCAAGAAGCCUAGAGUCUUUUGAUUUCUCCAUGCCAGCUUCAUCUGAACUUAAAGGGCAGAGAAAUGCAGCACAAAUCCCUAAGUCUAGAACUGGGAAAGCACAGAUGGCAUCAGUUUUAAAGGCAAUCAGUAUCACUAGAUCUGGUGCCCUUCGCCAUGGAAAGGAACAAGACCACAUCUUGGAAAACAUGGCCAAAGAAAUAUCUCAAGGUAUGUCAAAUAUACUUAUGCAUACCUUUCUUUCACCUACACCUGCUUCCCCUGCCAUCAACACGCAUAAAAAAGUAAAAGCAGAGGAAGGCUCAUUCAGAAAAAAAAGCAACAUUAUACAGCUAAAACCAGAUGACAGGAAAAGACUGUAUACUUCUUCUGUUAAUAAAUGGAGUAUCUCAAGCAACAUGUCAGAAUCAAGAUGGCAAAAUGAAAAAGAGAAAGAAGGCAAUGAAGUUUUAUUUGAAGCAGGUCUACAAUUCCUGAAUAGUACAGGAAGUAGAAAAGAUCGAAAUAUGCUUAUUACAGAGCAGGAAGUGCAGCAAGAAAUGCUAGUUUCAGAAAACCCAUUGGAGUCUAUUUGUUCUCCUCUGAUGAUUCCAUUUCAAACCCAAAAGCUGAAGAAGAAUAUCUCACCACAAAAAGACAUACUGUAUAGAAUAGGAGGAAAGAUUCUGUGUCCAAAAUCAGGGAAAGCAACGUUUGACGAUCUUUUAACUGAUGAAACAAAGUGUAGUACUAUAUCUGACGGGAACUCUACAGAGAAGCUGGAUAUUCACAGCGCAGUUUCCCUACAACUUGAAGAAGAAGAGGAAAACAUAAAAACUCAAAAAGGAAUAAAAUACAUAGUUGAUCAAAAUAUCCCACCUACCAAGUCAGAGAACUCAGUGCUUGGAGGUCCGUGUGAUGAAAACUCUAGAAGGAAAGUGGGUGGUCAUAUUGCCAAGAAACAUAAAGAGUUGCAAAGAGAUUUACUAACAAUGUCCAUGACAUCUGUUUUAUGUGAGUCUAAAAGGCAGAAAAAGUUAUUUAAAUUUCCAGAAGGAAAAGCUCUUAAGAGUCCCAAACAUGUAACCAUGAAGGCAAAGAAGGCUCUUUGUUCACAGAUGCUUAACAUUACUGAGCAUGGUAAUCUAUACUGUAGAAAGGAGCAGGAAUGCAGUUUGAAAUCUACAAUAAAAGAUGUGCAACCAAAUGAAAGUGUAACUAACAUAUUUUCGUCUCCCAUACCUAUUUCAACUGAUAACAAAAUGAAUAUUGAAAUGCAUAGCACACCAAAAACAGAGAUGGAUCAACCAAGAGUAAAAAUGCACAAACAUACCUAUUUAGAGCUAGAGAAAUCACCAUGUGAUGGGAAAGCAUGGAGGGCCAAUAUGACUUAUAGACAAAACAGAUCAAGCAGCACAAGGAAAAUGAAUGUGCAACAUGAAAAGGAAGGGAAAACUAUCCAGAAAUUGUUAUCAGGAUCAGUUCCACACUUCAGUUUCAAUGACCAUUUUAUGAAAAAUUCUGUCCCUUGCAAAUCAAAAUCUGAACUGAAUAGUUCAGAAGGCAGAAGGACUUGGAAUUUAUCUUGUACAGCACAAAAGAUGAGGCAAGAAAAACACUCUAGAGAAACUGAUUUGGAUCCUCUUUCUAGACACAUGAUGAAUGUUCUUCAAGUUGACAUGGUGAAAAUAAGUCCUCAUACCCAAGAAGGAACAAAAUGUAUGGUAGAUCUACUGACUCCAUUUCCAAAAGCAGGGACAUCAGAGACUGGUUCAGUACAAUGUGAUAGUCUCUGGGAUGGAAAUCCUAAGAGCAAAUAUGGAAGUCUUAUUUCUGAGAAAAAGGCGUGGAAUCAAAAUGACUUAGUAAGAACAGUCUUAAAACCUUUAGAUUUUUUUAGCCGUGUUUCAUCUGAACCCCAAAGCCAGAACUACACAUUAGAAUUUGUAGGCAAGAAAAGUAUAAUGAGUACCAAGCAUGUAGCUUUGAAGGCAAAGAAACUACCAAUUUCACAGUUGCUUAAUAGCACAAGAUGUCUUAAAGAAAGCCAAAGAAAGAAAAAGCAGCAAAAAUACAAGUACAAGAUGAAAGAGAGGCCAUGGAAUGAAAGUACGGGAGAGGUGUUACUCUGUGCCACUGAGGGAGCUAAGAUUCCACCACCCAAAUCAGGGAUUGAUGAACACUCAUUUUUUGCAGCAGCAAGGGGGACUCUAUAUAACAGAACACUUCACAAAAAUCUGGAUGGUCAUAUUACAGAGGAAAAGGCAAAGUCAGGGGAAAACUUAGCCACAACUUUCUUGGGACCUUUAGAUUUCUUCACAGCUGUUUUAUCUGACUCAGAAAGCCAGAUAAACACAGUGCAGUUAUCAGAAAAGAAAAUCAUAUUGAAUCCCAAAUGUUUAACUAUGGAAAAAAAGCCACCAAUUUCACAGAUCCUUAAAACCAAUAGGCAGUUUACCGCAGAACACAGGAAAAACCUUGGAUCCAAUUUAGAAAACAAAAUGAAAGAGAUGCGGCAAGGUAAAAAUGUGGUUGAUACAUUUCCAAAUACCAUUUACUUCACAUCAGAUACUUCUGACAUUAAAAGGCAGAGCAGAUUCGAAACAGAGAUAGACAGAGUAUCAAGGCUUAGUCUUGUACAACCAACACAAAUGGAGUUGCCAGUUGAAGAGUUAAUGAUUUCAGAAUCACUUAAUACUGCAGGACAUGCUGCUUUAAGCAUUGGUAAAGAACAGGAAGAGAAGACAGAUGUAGAGAGAGAUAAAACUGGAUUAAAUGCAGACCUAAAACCUAAACAUGCUUCCACACCUAUUCCACUGCACAUAAAAAUGGAGCAAUCACCUAGUACCUGGGACAUCUAUGAAGAAUAUUCUGAAGAGAGAAAUGCCCUAAACAAGGCAAAAUUUAGGGAGAAAGAAGAGUGUGGACCACAGGUUUUGUUUAGAAUGGCUCCAUGGUACACCCAGCCAUUUGAGUCUGGAGCAGAUCAAAUGAAACAACAAAACACAAUGCUACCUUUAGAAUCAUGCAGUAACACUGUAAAAUAUCUGAAUGUUUCAUUUCCACAAGGAAAGGAAUCAUUGGAUGGGGCACAGGCAACUGAUUCACUAUCAAAUAGCAGCUCCCCUAGGCUAAGAGGCAGAAAGAAGGUGCAUGUAACAUGUAAGACAUAUCAAAAGGUACAAAAAGAAGUAUGUCUACCUAGAGUGUUUUUACAUUCUCUUUCUAUCUGUAAGCCUAUUUUGCCUGAAAGUAAAACACAAAAGGAUAGCGUAGAACAAGGAGUUAAGGAAGGCAUAAUAUGCCCCCAAAGAAGAACUUUGGAAUUGAAGAAAUCAGUAUGUUCAAAAGUAUUCAAUACCACUGACUAUGGUACCCCAAGCAACAGAGGGGAAUGGCAGCAGAACAUAAAACAGAAAACAGCAAAUGUGAAAUAUAGAAAGGGUAAAUCUGAUUCAGUUGUUGCAAAUAUAUAUGAGUUUAUCCCUUCUUCACCUCACCUCAAAUUGAAUAAAGAGACAAUUGAUGGGAUUAUCUCAAAUAAUUUAAAAAGAACAAAACAACAUGUAUCGCAGAUGAAUGAAAAGGAUAGAAUAAAAGGAGUCAAUAUGAAAGAAAUAAUGAAUCUCAAUGUUGUUCUAAAGGCAGAGAAAUCAUCACCAUCAUAUAUACUCGAUAGAAAGAAAUGUCCUAUGCUGUCAAAUAUUAUAAAACAAGAGAGCAGGGUGCAGAUAGGUAACAGUAAGUCAGGUAUGAAACUGACAAACAAGUGUACUUCCUUACCUUCUCUGUCACAUCCUAAUUUGAAUUCAAGAAUAAAAGUAGGAAAAGAUAAGUCAGGGAUACCAAGGAGCUGCCUUUCAUCAUUGAAGCUCCAGGCAUCAUCAGAUGUCAGGAAAACAUCAUUUGCAGUGUCCAUUAAUGGAGCUACUCUAAGCAAUGUAAUAGAAUCAAAACAACAUUUGCCACAGAAAAAGGAGGAAGAUAGAGAAAAUAUAGUCUAUGUGAAAGAUAUAAUGGGCCUCAAAUGUAUCACUCUUAAAGGAAAGAGAACACCUUUUAAACACAUACUGAAUGGAAAAGAACCACAGUGGAACAAUAAAGAAGAAGAGAAAAUGAUGCAGGAAGAGAAAAGUGAUCUAGAUAUAGUUCAGAAUAAACCCCAUGCUUCUAUUCCUUCUUUACCUCCCCUGGAAUGGGGUCCUGGAAUAAAAGAAGAGGUGUACAUGCGAGGAAUAACAGGAUUCUGUCUUCCGUCAUUAACACUCCAGGAAUUAUCACAUGCAAUGGGAAUAUGUGAGAAGCCAACUGAUGAUAUUUUAAACAGUAUUAAAAAAGCAAAAUAUAUGCCACAGAAAGAUGAUAAUAGAGUGGAAAUGGCUUUGGAAGAAAUAAGACACCCCAAAAGAAUAGCUUCGAAGGUGAAGCAGUCUCCAGUUGCACAGGAAUUACAGUUGAACAUCAAAGAAAAAGAGAAAAAGAUGCAGGAAGAUAAAGAUAAACAAGUUGAGAGUCAGAGCAAAUCUUGUGCUUUCAUCUCUUUUCUACCUUACUCUGAAGCAGACACAAGAACAAGAAGAGAACAAGUCAUGCUAAUAAAACCAAGAUCCUCUUUGCUACGAUCAAAACUCCAGGAGUCAUCAGAUAUAGGAAAAAUAGCAUAUAAAAAGUCUAUUUAUGGUGAUAUCUCAAACAGUAUAAAAAAAGAUGAAGAACAUAUAAUGCAGGAAGAAGAAGAGAGAGUAAAAAUGGCAAAAGUCAUAGCUUUGAAGAAAAAGAAAUCACCAAUUUCACAGGAAAUCCAGUUGGACAUCAAAGAGCAAGAGAAAAAGAUACAAAAAAUUAACAGUGAACCAAGUGGGGUUCUGACCAAUACCAGCACUUCCAUACCUGCUCCUUCUCAUUUAAAAUUGGAUACAAGAAUUAAAAAAGCAGACUCUGUAACUGAAGUACCAAGAGACUCUCUUCCAGAACUAUCACACCAGAAAUCAUCAGAUACAGUACAAAAAGCAAAUAAGGAGUCCACUGAGGGUGAUAUCACAAGUGAUGUACAAGAAGUCAAAGAAAAUAUGCCGCAUAAAGAAGAGAUCGAGAGGUCAGACAAGAAAGAAGUAAUGCAUCCAAAAGAUAAAGAUUUGAAAGGAAAGAAAGUACUUUCACAGGACAUACCACUGAAUCUUAAAGAGCAGGAGAAAGCUGGUAGAGAAGGUACAGGUAAACAGGAAGCAGUUCUGCCCACAAAUCAGGCUUCUGAAUCUUCUCUAACUCAUCACGAAUUGGACACAAGAAUAGAAGGAGAGGAAGACAUACAAGGAAUAACAAAAUCUGCUAUUUGCCAUCUGCAGCUACAAAAAUCAUUUGAUGCAGAGAAAAUAGCAUAUACCACAUCAAUUGGUGAUGAUAUCUCAAAUGAUGUAAAAGCAGUACAAGAGUACGAGCCACAGAAAAGAGAGGAUAGAAGAAAAAUAGUCAACAUGGAAUAUUAUAUAUUACCAUGUCCACAUGUACUUGGAACCCCUGGGGAUUGUGGCCCCCAAAUUAGAGAAGUACAGACAAAUGAAGAAGAAUUGGGACACGUACAGGAAAGAAAAAGUGAAGUAGAUGAGGUUCUGACAGGACCUUCUGUCCCUCAAUUUAAAUUAAACAAAGGUAUAGAAUACAAGGAAGAGAAACAAGGAGUAACAAGACCCUUUCUUCCACCCUCAUGGCAAAGGGAAUCAUCAGAUGCCGAGAAAUUAGAAUAUGCAGGGUCACCUUUGAACGAUAUGUCAAGUGAUUCAAAAAGAACAAAAUAUGUGACACAGAGAGAGGACAUAGCGAAUAUUUUUGAGAAAGACAUAAUGCAUUCCAAGUAUGUAGCUUUGAAGGCAAAGAAAUCACCCCUUUUCCAUAUACUCAACACAAAUAAACUGGAAGUAAACAUCAAAGAGCAAGUAAAAGGGGGGCAGGAAGCUACCAAGGAAACAGUUGUGCUUCAGAGCAAAAUCUGUCCUCUCACCACUUCUUCAAUUCCUCUUAAAUUGGACACAAUAAAAGAAGAGGAAGAUGAAUCAGGAGUAACCAAUUACAUGCCACAUCUUGAGCCUCAAAAUUCAUUGCCUUUAGGGCAGAUAGCAUCUACAGAAUCAAUUGAUAGCCGUGUAAAGAAAGGUAAACGACACGUGCUACAGAAAGAAAACGACAGAGGACAAACAGUAGCCAUGAAUGGCUGCACACACCCCAAUGGCACAGAUUUCAAGGCAAAGACAUCACCACCUCCUUGUGUGUUUGGUGUCACUGAGCACGAUGCUCUGAGCAAGAGAAGGGAGCCUCAGUGUAGCAGUAAGGAGAGAGUAGAACUGCAGCAGGGAAGAAAAGGGGGCCCUGAUGUGGCUCUGACAAAAACUCCUCCUCCCAUGCCUUCUCCCUCUCACAGUAGAUGGGAUACAAGAACCAAAGCAGACAAAGACUUGCUUGCAAGUACAAGAUUCUCUCCUUCACAGUUACAGCUCCCCGAGUCAUCAGGUGCAGGUAAAAUCAGACAUGCAGAUUCCAGUGGAGGUAUUGGCUUAUGUGAUGUAAUAAUAAAAGCUAACCAACAUGUGCCAUAUAAAGAGGCAAAGGAAAGAGUAAAAACAGAAGGUGAGAAAGGUAAAAUAUUCUCCAAAACAAUAACUUUGAGAGCAGAGACAUCCCCACUUACACACCUACUCAGCAGAAAGGGACCACCUUCGAAUAUUAAAGAGCAAGGGAAAGAAGUGCAGGAAGGCAAAGGUGAGCCAGAAAGGAGGGAAACUUAUGCUUCCUUACCUCCUCCAUCUGACCGAAAAUGGCACAUUAGAAUGGAUGAAAAGGAAGACACAGUAGGAAUAACAAAAUCCUAUUUUCCACCACUAAAGAUUCAGAAUCCAUCCAAUUCAGGCAAAAAAGCAUAUAAUAAGUUAUUUGAUGGGCAUAUGUUAAUCAAGGAAGAUAAACUCAAAACAAAUGUUGAAGACAAAAUGUUCCCAAAAUGUAUGGAUCUGAAGGCAAAGAAACUACCACUUUCAUAUAUACUUGAUACCAGAAAAUUGAAGUGGAAAAUUAAAGAGCAGGAAGAUGGAAACAAGCUAGUUACAAAUCUGAAAGACAUUUGUAUUUCUUUACUUACUCUACCAUAUCUUAAAUUUGAUAUAACAGAAGGAGAGGGGUACAUGAUAAGAAUUAAAAAAUUGCCUCUCUCACAACUACAAUCCAAGGAAUCAUCAGAUGCAGCAAAAAUAGCACAUGAAGAAACAACUGUUGGAGAACUUUCGAAAGAUAUAAAAGAAUUCAAAGAGCACGUGCUACAGAAAGAAGAGAAGGAGAGAGAGAAAAAUGUGGAUAUGAAUAGUAUAGUGGAUCUGAGUGAUAUGUAUUUGAAAGGAAAGAAAUCACCUAUUUUAUUUACAUACAAUCUAAGUGACCUUCAGUCGAAAACUAAAGAGCAAAUGGAGAAGGUUCAGGAAGGUAAACAGGAGCCAGAUGAUGUCAUGCUGACUGAGACUUGUGCAUCUAAAUCUUCCCCACCUCACCUGAACGUGAAUACCACAAUCGAAGGAGGAAGCGUGCCGAUAUUAACAGGAUCCUCUUUGUCCCCAUUAAACUUACAGGAAUUGUCAGAUUCUGAAGAAGUGGUAUGUGUAGAGCCAAUUACUCAUGAUAUUUUAAUCAGUCCACAGGAAAGUAAACAACAUAUGCCACAGAGCAAGGAAGAGAAUGGAGUGGAAAUAGUAAACCUCACGUUCCCCAAACAUCAAGAAAAGAAGAUGCAGGAAAGUAAAGAUGAACCAGAUGUGGUUCUGACCAAAUUUUCUACUUCGUUACCAUCUCUCCCUCACUUCAAAUUGUCUAAAGAAAUACAAGUAGAUGAUGAAAUGCUUAAAAGUUCUGUUUUGCAGAGAAUGUCCAAUGCAGGGGAAGUAGUACCUACAGAGUCAAUCAGAGGUGAUAUCAUGAAAGAUGUUCAAAAUGAGAAACAGUAUAAGCCUCAGAAAGAAAAGAAGGACAGAGAAAAAACGGUAGAUAUGAGAGGUGCAAUGCAUACCACAGACAUAACUUUGAAGUCAAAGCAAUCUCCUCCUUCACAUAUAGUCCAUAGAACAGAAUUGCAUCUGAACAUUGGAGGGCAAGAACAAAAGAAAUGUGAAGGUCAAGGUAAACCAGCUGGUUCACUGCUGAGACAAAUUUAUGUUUCCAAACCCCUAACUAAACUUACAUUGGACAAAGGUACACAGGUAGAUGAAAAAAUGCUUGGAAUUAAAAGACCCUCUCUACUUCCACUAAUGCUUUCAGCAUUAUCGGAUGCAGACAAGAUAGCAGAGACAAAGGCAAUUGGUGGUGAGGUAAGAAGAAGAAAACAAUCUAUGUCACAGAAAGAAAAAAAAUAUGAAGUGAGAACAGUAGAUAUGAGGAUCAGGAUGCAUCACAAGGAGGCAAGGAUUUCACCAAUUUCACGUAUCCUUAAAACAAAGGAAUUUGUCGUGAAUAUUGAAGAGCCAAAGGAAAGAGUGCACGAAGGUAAAGAUGAGCAGCGUACGGUUCUGACACGGACUUUUCUUUCCAUCCCAUCAGCACCUCCCCUUUUUCUAGAUUCAAGUAGUGAAGUAGACAAAGGUGCACCAGGAAUUACAGGAUCCCAUCCACAGCAAAAUCUCCAGGAAUCCUCAGAUACCCAGAAAGCAGCAAGUAGAGAGCCAGUUGCUGGUGAUGGUGAAAUCCUUGUUGAAAAGGCAGAACCCCCUGUGCCACUAGAAGAGGCAAUGCAACAGUGGACCUCAAACUUCAUGAUCAGUGUACAGCGAAGGAAGGAACCUCCACGAGUCAAAUCCGAAGGAGAUUUGAGUCAGUUGCUUUUAAAUUCACAGCAUGAGGAUAUUUAUUUCACAGGAUUUGGUACCAUGAGAAGUGGAAAAAGGCUGGAAUGUUUUUUUACAGGGCGAGAGGCUCAGCCAGAAAAUUACAAAACAGAAACAUUUACUACAUUUCUUUCCUACCCCACAAUGGAUCCAACUAAAAUUGAAAAUCUGAAGAAAGAAACUGAAAUAAUGGAUAACUUAAACCGUAAUAUGAAUCCUCAGGGUUUAGUUUCACUGCCAAGGAAAAUAUCCAAGGAAAUACAUAUCACAUUUGGCACCCCCGUAAGUUCAAGAGGAUUUUCUGUUUCCAAGCGAGAGGCCCACCAACCAGAAACUUUAUCAAAAGCAUCUCUAGGAUCUGCAGAUCCAUGUAAAUUUAAUAAGCCAGAGAAAGAUGUACAAAAUAAUGAUAAAAUGAACAAAAUGUUCUCUUCCGCAGUGUCAGCACCACAGACAAAGAGGUCACUUGAGAAAAUGACUAUCAUAGAGUCAAAUAACCCCCAAAAUAUAGAAGAACAAGAAAUUGUCAUGAAAAAGCAAGUGGUGCUAUGGUCUCAAAGUGGACACAAGACCAGGCUAAACUCCAGCCUUUCUCUUAAGUUUCCACUUCAAAAUGGAAAGCAGAAGACACCGUUGGAAAUAGAUGUACACAAGCAAACCACAGUGUACCCUGGAACACAAAUACUACCAGGAGGACACAUGGAUAUUACAGAGUUUGAUUCCAUAAGAGGAAAAAAGGAGCAGGCAUUGCUUGUUCCAGAACAGGAGGGAAGCAUUCUAGAAUCACUUCAGAAGUCUCUUCCCCCACACUGGACUGUUCCAAUUCAACCUGGAAAUCUGGAGGAAAAAAAUGAAACUGACACAAGUACUACUAUAAAUCUGGAGCAGAAAAAAUUAGGAAUGGAGGAAGGGAAAUUAAAAAUAGACACAAACAUAGCUGUCCAUCUGGAAGAGGACAAAAUAGAAAUGCACAGACAUACGACUGUCAAUCUGGAGAAGGAGAAAAUAAAAGUGGGCACAAGCAAUACUGUAAACCUGAAAGCUCCAUCUCUAAAGACAGAGGAAUCUCAAACUAAAACUCAGGCAAUCAAUCUUAUGGCAAACAGCUGCUCAAUCAAGCAAAAACAUCAAAAGGAACUGAAAGCAUCUGGUGCGAAACAAAACAUUCAGCCACAAAAAUUGUUUCAAAAACAUGUUCUGAAUUCAUUUUAUGCCUAUAUUCCUCUUUCUCCCAAAUUUGAUGGUCGGAAAGGCAGAUUAACAAUAGCAGAUUUGAAAAGAGAAUUGAGCCCCAUAUUUUCAACUAUGAAAAUCCAGAACCAUCCAAUUUCACAGAUUCUUGGCAACACAGGACGUGGUACUCCAAGCAAUAGAAUGAAGUUAGAGUAUGACUUUAACAAACCAGAGAAAGUAAUUUCAUGGGGUGAAGAUGCCUCAGGAAUAUUUAUCAGAAGUCUUUCUAUUUCCAUGAUGAGUCCAUUUCAGACUGAAGAAACAGUAGAAUCUGAGACAAACCUAAAAAGAGAAAAGAUAAUCUGUUUUUCUAAAUUCCCAGAGAAAUCACCAAACACUUGUGAAGUUGUUAAGAGGAACAGCUCAAACACUGCGAAAAAUGGGGACCAGAACUUUACAAACACAGUUCCACAAGAUUCCCAGCCCUUCAUGGUGGACGAGCAACAAAUGCAAAAACUUCCUAGUGUCAAAUCAGAAGCAAACUUCAGCUGUGAAAUAAAUGAAAAAACUUUAACUCCACAAAUGGAAGAAAGGGUUGUUCCAGAGCAUGGUAUCUCAAAGACCAUAAAAGAACCUGACUUGCUUAUAGUGGAGCAAGAGGAAAAGGCACCAAAACCCAUUCUGACACCCACAGAGUGUCCAUCCAUGUCUGAAGUUCCAAAGGAAAAUGUGGAAACCCACAUGAAAAGUAACAUAAGUAUGAAUAUUUCCCCUCCAGGAGUAGAGAAACCACAAUGUGAGACUCAGCCAUUCGAUACCACGGAGUGCACCUGGCCACCUGAGCAUACAAAUCAGAGUGAACCUGUACGGGACACAACCACACAAAAGGGCCAGCAACAAAAAACGUUCCCAGGAACUGGGCCUGUACCACCCCAAGAGAAAAGUAAUGAAAUAGAAAUAGUGGCAGAUAGUGCAAGUGUGGAAAGUUUACUUCUUCUUUAUAAAGCAAUUAAAAAUGUCUUUGAAUCUCAGGUAAAAAAUUGGAUCCAAGACAAAAUUUAUGCUGAUAUGCUAGAAAAAGUUAAAGCCCAGAAACCUGAUGAUUGGCAGUCACAACCUUCUGUAGGAGGUCCAGAUACAACAGCCACGGAAAUACAUCCCAAAGUGCAGCCCAAACUCAUUUUAGAACGUUUGACUCCCAAAGAAACAAAUAAGCUCACUAAUCAUUUAGAGUCAAAAGCACUUGAAAUAAAACUGAAUCUCAUACCAGAGAGAGCAAAACAAUCCUUCACAAAGUUCAACUUUUAUCCAAAAUCGGCUAUUUCAGAAGGUAAUAGUUCGAGGCUCUAUCCAAGCCAUAAAAAAAUGUGCUUUUUGUCUCUACAAGGGAUUGAUACUAUAGAACUCAACUUAAAACAUAAAUGCCAAAAUGACUCACCUCCUAUCAGCUGUAGGAAGACACUGAUCGUUAAUGUUUCAAGUGGCAGUGAGGAGAGCAUUAGAAAGUUAAAGUGUAUUGAUAAGCUAGAAAGUGGAACAUCUUUAGUGACUUCUGCUAAUGAGGUGCCAUUGCCUCAUAUUCUCCAAAAUUACUCAGUAGACGAAAAAGACAAACUUCUUAUACACUUUUCUAAGAAAACAUUAGAGAUUCAAAUGAAAGCCUUUUCCAGAAUUGUGAGAGAAUCUUAUGAAAUGGCUGAUGCUCAGGAGAGAAGGAAACCUUCAUGUAAAUGUAUUAAUUCUGGUGUCAAAAUACCAAAACGGAGAAACAGAAUUUUGUUACUUUUUGAGGAAAAAUCUCUUCAUCAAAUAGAUCUUGAUCUACAAUACAAAUACCUUCGUUUUCUCCUGGGGCUUCGGGGCAAAAGUAUGUUUCCUAAGCCAAAUGCACUUCCCAAACAUACUCUUAAAUUAAACACAGUUGCGAUGUGUAAAUCAGGAGAUGAUAGUAGAGAAAGUGGUUGUCUUUCCAUUGAUACAGGAUCAUUAGAACAACAUAUCUCUUUCAAAAUGCAAAGUCCCCAUGAAAACUCGUCAUUGACUAGAAAAUUCCUCGAACCAACUCAUGUGUGUUCUGACCCUGAUCAACAUGGCACAGUGCAGAAAGAUACUGCAGUUCUUUCAGAGUUAAAAUCUCGUGUGACUCCAGAAAAAGAUAAACAAUACCAUGUAUGGUUUCAAGAAAUAAAUACAUAUGAAUCUUUUGAUUUAAAGACUCAGAAAAAUGCCCCUAGUUUAGUUGACUCUCAUUCAGUUCAGAUUCCUGACUAUUUUACUGACAGUCAGACAAAAAUUGAGAGUUCCACUAACUUGAAUAAAUGCUCACCUCUUGAAUUACGUGAUAGUGAAGAAUGCAUAUUUUUAGAAGCCAACCCUUAUUUAAGUCAGGAAUCACAAAAAAUUCUACUUGAAUUACAGAAAGGCAUUCCUUUAAAACAUCUCUUCAAGAUGAAAAAAAUCAAAACUGAUUUGAAACCAUUUUACAAUGAAGAUUCAGGUUCCCAUUAUAUUAGUGGCUGCAGAAAACAUUCCUCGAUUGUGACACCACCUAACUACAAAUCCUACAAAAGCAAGAAAUACAGGUCAUCUUCCAAAAUUCAAUCUCCUGAUUGUUUGUGUCACAGUUCAUUAAAUGCUGUCGAAGUUCCAUCUGUAUCACCUUAUAUUUCAUUCAGUGAAGAGAAGUUCUCAUGGACUACAGGGAGCAGAACAAGUUACUCUUUCGCUCCCUUAACAGAAUCAAAUAUUAAAUUACAUCUUGCAAAAAGCCAAGGCAAACCUCACAGGCAUCCAGAAAGCAAAGAAAGAAAGAAGACCAAAUUUGAUUUAUUUCGAAAGAACAACAUUCAUUGGGACUGUGAUUACAGUUGUACACAGAGUAAAGAGAAACACACAAGAAAGAAGAAAGUGUAUAUUUAUGAGCCAGAAAGAUCAGAUUAUUUCCCAAGCAAACAUAAGUCAACAUCAAAACCUCACCAGGAGGAUAUCAACUUCCAUUCUGAAAGACAACAAAACCAGCCAUUUUUUUAUGCCUGUACACCAGCAGACUCUCUGGAGAUUAUACCUAAAACCAUUCGCUGGAAUGUUCCCCAAAAAACUUUAAGGAAAAGAAACUUCAGAGUCCCUCUGGUGGCAAAGAUUUCAAGCUCUUGCAGUAUAUGGAGUUCAUCCAAAAAGUUGUUGGGGUCACUCUUAGAGCCCUUCAAUCCAGUUCAUCCAAAUUGAUAUUACCAUAUCUAGAUUCCUCCAGAGUGGAAGGCUGGUCACUAUUGUGGUAUUCUUGAAAAAUAAAAUCAUAUG